UUCAACAUGUUCAUCGGUGUUCAUGUUGUGGUAUUUUUGGGAAAGACAAGUUUGACGUUACUAUAAUGAUCACGUAACGAAUAAACAUAUAUUUGCAGUGAGAGUCAUAAGUAAAUCACAUGACGGAACGUUAUAAUUAACAUCCAGUUGAACAUGAAAAAACACCAUGUGAUGUUGAACUCUUUCAUUAAGCACGGAACAUUGUACUUAAAGUAUUGAUUGUAAAUGGAGAUAAGCAGUUGGCACCAAAGAACUUUAUCAUGUUAUUUAUUGUUCACCCAUUGAGAAUCAGCAGGCGCAUAUCGUGUAAUUUUGUGCCGAAAUUAUCGAUCGUCAAAUAUUCCAGUUGUCCGAAGCAAAAGACAACAAGAAUAUGCGCGGAAGAAGUGGCACAAACGGUAGAAGAUAGCAAAGUGCGAGUUGCCUCUGUGAUCCCAUUGACCUCAGUAAUUCCUCUGCACACUAAGGAAAGUGUCACGCAUAAAGUUAAAAAAGAUCCGGAAAAAGUAAAGGAAUCAGAAUGGACGCCUAUGGUUACCGAUCAUGGUACACUUCUCAAGCAGUAUCUCAAAUUAUCGAAAAUUAAACUGACGUCUCUUGUUGUGGCAACAACCAUGGCUGGAUACGCACUGGCUCCCGCGCCAUUUGACAUUUACACAUUUGCCAUGUGCUUUCUUGGCACUGGUUUAGUCUCUGGCACGGCAAAUACAAUUAAUCAAAUUUUUGAAGUUCCGUUUGACGCACAAAUGAAACGAACGAAAAAUCGAACGUUGGUUUGUGGUCGAUUAACGACUGUUCAUGCAGCAGUAUUCGCGACAAUAUCCGGUGUUGUUGGCUUGUCUUUACUUUACCAUCAAGUGAACAGCGUGACGGCAAUCUUGGGCGCUGUUAAUGUUGUGUUGUACACGCUCGUCUAUACGCCUAUGAAACGUAUUAGUAUCGCCAAUACAUGGAUCGGUUCUGUUGUAGGAGCAAUACCUCCACUCAUGGGUUGGGCAGCUUGCACCGGCGAUGUGAUGACACCAGGUGCUUGGAUCCUGCCUGGUAUUUUGUACGCGUGGCAAUUUCCACACUUCAACGCGCUUUCUUGGAACCUAAGACCUGAUUACUCGCAAGCUGGCUAUCGAAUGAUGGCCGUGACAGAUCCGGGUUUGUGUCGUAGAACAACCGUGAGAUACACCGCUGCUCUGACGGGUCUGUGCUACUUGGCUCCUGUAUUAGACGUGACCAGUUGGUGGUUUGCACUGACUUCGACGCCACUCAACGUAUAUUUUCUUUAUUUAGCCUGGAGAUUCAAUCAACAUUCGGAUAGUGCUAAUUCUAGAAAAUUAUUUCGAUUUUCGUUACUGCAUCUGCCUCUAUUAAUGAUACUGAUACUCACAAACAACAAAUAUUGGAGUAACACGAAAAAGCAAGACGACGAAGUCAAGUCUCGUAACGAACUAGUGAAGGAAAACAAGUUACUGACCGUGUUAACGUCUGUUACUCCAGCCACGUCGUCUGUGUAGUGAUACUUGUAAGUUGGACACGGGAUGGUGAUGAUAGUAUUAAAAAAAUGGUUGCGAUAUCACAUGUCUCGGAUUCGCGAGAUCUGCACAUUACCUCACCAACUUUGUAACAUAUUGUGUAAAAUAUCGUUGUACGAUACGUCGCUGUUAGACCGCCGCUUUGUGUGUGGGUCUAUGGUGUUAAUUUAACUUAAUAAACAAAAAAAAACGA